UGAGAAUACCAUCUCUAUUUUCAAUACCGGGGGGUGGGGGAUGCUGUCGGAUUUAUAAUAAUUCUUGAUAACCUUGUUCUUUUAUCUUAGCACCCAUUUCCCCUCCUCCGUUGUGAUUUUUAAUGGAGUUCUUAUUGCUGUUUUUUUUUUUUUCUUGACCUACUUUCAAGAGCUUUCAUAUAGAGUGUGUUUUCAGUGAUGGUGAUUCCUGCAGCGUGUAGUGAGAAAGUCUUAAAUCACAGAACCAGAUUAGUUGUCUAUCGCUUAUUCUAGAAAUGUCUUCGUGGUUUAAAAAAAAAAAAAUCAUCUGGUUACGACACCCACAAUUUCAUAGAGUGAAAUCUCUUAAGCUUGCUUUUUCGUGAGUUCGCUCCGUUUUCCCGACUGAGGAUUUGAACCUCCUUCCGCUCUGAUCUAAUUGUUAUUUUUCUUUGUUGCCUCCGCCCCCUAGAGAUUGGGUUUCCAGGGGGGAGAGGCGUUCUCGGCUGGGGCUGAGGAGGAAGGAGAGUCUAGUGGGAUGAGAUCUGGUGCCUCGAGCACUAGAUCCCUCCUCCCCUCCCCCGCCCGGUGAGAAGUCAGACAAUUUUGACAGUUCCUAGACCCGCUUUGGCUCUCACGCUUACGGUCCAUGGGUAGGUUUCACCUUCUCCCUUUCCCCGUGUCUCUGCCCUGCCUACAGGCCAGCCGCAGAUGCAGCCAUUGCCCCAGCCCGCCCAGGGCUUUCUCUCACCCGUCUUCUUGGGGAACUGGGGCAUACGUCCGUAGAAGACUUCGGGGAUUGGGGAAAGCCACGCCGGAAUCGGGACACUGGAGAGCGCUGCCCCUCCCCAGGCUUCCCCCCCGCCCCCGUCGCGGCGCCCACGUGACCGAGAGCAGGCCUCCACGGGCCCGCCCCUUUCGGCCGCUGCAGCCCGCUUCCCGCUCGGGGUGCGUACGCGACGGAGCGGGGUGUGAAGAUGGCGGACGAAGAGGCCGAGCAGGAGAGGUUGAGCGGCGGCGGAGGCGGCUGCGUCGCGGAGCUGCAGCGCCUGGGCGAGCGGCUCCAGGAGCUGGAGCGACAGCUGCGGGAGAGCCGCGUGCCGGCCGUGGAAGCGGCCACUGAGUACUGUCAGCAGCUGUGCCAGACACUCCUUGAAUAUGCAGAGAAAUGGAAAACUUCAGAAGAUCCUUUACCUUUAUUGGAGGUAUACACAGUGGCUAUCCAAAGUUAUGUUAAAGCGCGACCUUAUCUUACCUCUGAAUGUGAAAAUGUAGCAUUGGUUCUGGAACGCUUGGCAUUAAGCUGUGUUGAACUUUUACUGUGUCUGCCUGUCGAGUUACCAGAUAAACAGUGGGAACAAUUUCAGACACUGGUGCAGGUAGCUCAUGAAAAGCUGAUGGAGAAUGGCAGCUGUGAAUUGCAUUUUUUAGCUACUCUAGCUCAAGAGACUGGGGUGUGGAAAAACCCGGUACUGUGCACUAUUCUUUCCCAGGAACCAUUGGAUAAGGAUAAAGUGAAUGAAUUUUUAGCUUUUGAGGGUCCCAUCUUGUUGGAUAUGAGAAUUAAACAUCUAAUCAAAACCAAUCAGUUAAGUCAAGCAACUGCUCUAGCAAAGCUGUGUUCUGACCAUCCAGAGAUUGGUACAAAAGGUAGUUUUAAGCAAACUUACCUUGUUUGUCUUUGUACAUCAUCACCAAAUGAAAAGUUAAUCGAAGAGAUUUCAGAAGUUGAUUGCAAAGAUGCACUAGAAAUGAUCUGUAACUUAGAAUCUGAGGGUGAUGAAAAAAGUGCUCUUGUCUUAUGUACUGCAUUUUUAUCACGUCAGCUCCAACAAGGAGAUAUGUACUGUGCUUGGGAACUCACUCUCUUUUGGAGUAAAUUACAGCAAAGAGUAGAACCAUCUAUACAAGUGUACCUAGAAAGAUGUCGGCAACUUUCUCUGUUAACCAAGACGGUAUAUCACAUUUUCUUCCUGAUUAAAGUUAUUAAUUCAGAGACUGAAGGGGCUGGACUUGCCACCUGUAUAGAACUAUGUGUAAAAGCUCUUCGUUUGGAAUCUACAGAAAAUACUGAAGUGAAAAUAUCUAUUUGCAAGACCAUUUCAUGCUUGUUGCCUGAUGAUCUGGAAGUUAAACGUGCUUGUCAACUGAGUGAAUUUCUUAUUGAGCCUACAGUAGAUGCAUAUUAUGCUGUGGAAAUGUUGUAUAAUCAACCAGACCAGAAAUAUGAUGAAGAGAAUCUUCCAAUACCAAAUUCUCUGCGCUGUGAGCUCUUACUUGUAUUGAAAACUCAGUGGCCCUUUGAUCCAGAAUUCUGGGAUUGGAAAACAUUAAAACGACAAUGUCUUGCAUUAAUGGGGGAAGAAGCAUCUAUUGUGUCUUCAAUAGAUGAACUAAAUGACAGUGAAGUUUAUGAGAAAGUAGUGGACUACCAAGAAGAGAGUAAAGAAACUUCUAUGAAUGGACUUUCUGGUGGAAUUGGUGCUAAUUCUGGCCUUCUUAAAGACAUCUGUGAUGAAAAGCAGAAGAAGAGAGAAAUAAAACAAUUAAGAGAGAGGGGAUUUAUUUCUGCUAGGUUUAGGAAUUGGCAAGCCUACAUGCAGUAUUGUGUGCUAUGUGACAAAGAAUUCCUUGGUCAUAGAAUAGUACGACAUGCUCAAAAACACUAUAAAGAUGGGAUUUACAGUUGCCCUAUAUGUGCAAAGAACUUUAAUUCUAAAGAAACUUUUGUCCCUCAUGUCACAUUGCAUGUUAAACAAUCUAGUAAAGAGAGACUAGCAGCUAUGAAACCAUUAAGAAGAUUGGGGAGGCCACCUAAAAUCACAACUACCAAUGAGAAUCAGAAGACUAAUGCUGUGGCUAAGCAGGAACAGCGACCUAUAAAAAAGAAUAGUCUCUAUUCAACAGAUUUCAUAGUAUUUAAUGACAAUGAUGGUUCAGAUGAUGAAAAUGAUGACAAAGAUAAAUCUUAUGAACCAGAAGUGAUCCCAGUCCAGAAACCAGUACCCGUUAAUGAAUUUAAUUGCCCUGUAACUUUUUGUAAGAAGGGCUUUAAGUACUUUAAAAAUUUAAUUGCUCAUGUAAAGGGGCAUAAGGAUAAUGAAGAUGCCAAGCGCUUUCUUGAAAUGCAAAGCAAAAAAGUUAUUUGCCAGUACUGUAGACGGCAUUUUGUAAGUGUUACUCAUCUUAAUGAUCACCUACAAAUGCAUUGUGGUAGUAAACCAUAUAUCUGUAUACAGAUGAAAUGUAAGGCUGGUUUUAAUAGUUAUGCAGAGCUCUUAACACACCGAAAGGAACAUCAAGUCUUUAGAGCAAAGUGUAUGUUUCCUAAGUGUGGCAGAAUUUUUUCAGAAGCUUAUUUACUGUAUGAUCAUGAAGCACAGCAUUAUAAUACCUAUACUUGUAAGUUCACAGGUUGUGGUAAAGUUUAUCGUUCUCAGAGUGAGCUAGAAAAGCAUCUGGAUGAUCACAGUACUCCCGAAAAAGUGUUGCCUCCUGAAGACCAACUUAAUUCAUCUGGAGAUUGUGUUCAGCCUUCUAAAGUGAAUCAGGACACAGAAGUGAGCAUCGAGAAAGAGAGAUCUGUGCUUCCUUCAGAAAAUAAUAUUGAAAAUACCUUACCAGCAGAUAAAAGUGAUGCUUGGGAUAAAAGCAAAACAGAAUCAGCUGUGACCAAACAAGACCAGAUUUCUGUAUCAGAGCUCAGGCAAGCUGAUGGACCAUUGUCAAAUGGUUUGGAAAACCCUGUGACUACUCCUCUGCUUCAGGCCAGUGAAGUAGCUGUGUCCAUUAAAGUGUCCCUCAAUCAGGGGAUUGAGGAUAACUUUGGAAAGCAAGAAAACUCCACUGUGGAAGGCACUGGUGAAUCACUGGUCACAAACUUACAUACACCAGUUGGAGAUACCUGUAAUGAUUUGUGUCGUCCAGGUUUUCAAGAAAGAAAAGAACAGGAUUGCUUUAAUGAAGCCCAGAUUACUCAGAAUUCUUUAGUAAAUUCAGAAACCCUCAAAAUAGGUGACCUUACCCCACAAAACUUAGAAAGACAAGUGAAUAACCUGAUGACCUUUUCUGUGCAAAAUCAGACAGGAUUUCAAAACAGUUUACCAGCUUCCAAGUUUGAAUGUGGAGGUAAUGUUAAAACAUCAUCCAGUCUUUAUAAUUUACCUCUUAAGACAUUGGAAAGUAUCACAUUUGUUCCACCGCAGCCCAACCCAAGUAGUUCUUUAGGAACUCCAUCAGUGCCUCCAAAAGCGCCAGUUCAGAAAUUCAGUUGCCAGGUCGAGGGAUGUACUCGAACCUAUAAUUCUUCACAGAGUAUUGGGAAACACAUGAAGACUGCACACCCUGACCAGUAUGCUGCAUUUAAAAUGCAGCGGAAAAGUAAAAAAGGUCAGAAAUCUAACAACUUAAAUACACCAAAUAAUGGAAAGUUUGUUUAUUUUUUGCCAUCACAGGUGAGCAGCUCUAACAGUGCAUUUUUUACAUCACAGACCAAAGCCAAUGGGAAUCCUACUUGUUCAAAUCAGUUGCAGCAUGUCUCGCCUUCCAUUUUUCCAGCUCAUUUAACAAGUGUGUCAACUCCACUGUUGCCCUCAGUGGAAAGUGUCAUAAAUCCAAAUAUACCUUCUCAGGAUAAAAAUGAACAAGGUGGUGGUAUUAUAUGUUCCCAAAUGGAAAAUUUAUCUACUACUACCUUGCCAGCACAAAUGGAAGAUCUAACCAAAACAGUUUUGCCUUUGAAUAUUGACAGUGGCUCAGAUCCUUUCCUUCCUUUGCCUGCAGAAAGUAGUUCAAUGUCUCUCUUCCCUUCACCAGCAGAUAGUGGGGCUAAUUCUGUUUUUUCCCAACUGGAAAAUAAUACAAAUCAUUUUUCUUCACAGAUUGAAGGAAACACUAAUUCCUCUUUUCUGAAGGGAGGUAAUGGUGAAAAUGCAGUUUUUCCUUCACAAGUCAAUGUUGCAAAUGAUUUUAAUAGCACCAGUGCCCAACAGUCUGCACCUGAAAAAGUUAAAAAAGACCGUGGGCGGGGCCCAAAUGGAAAGGAAAGAAAACCCAAGCACAACAAAAGGGCUAAAUGGCCUGCAAUUAUCAGAGAUGGAAAAUUUAUCUGUAGCAGGUGUUACAGGGCUUUUACUAAUCCCAGGUCUCUGGGUGGACACUUGUCUAAGCGAUCUUACUGUAAACCACUGGAUGGAGCAGAAAUUGCUCAAGAACUUCUACAGAAUAAUGGACAGCCUUCUCUUCUUGCCAGCAUGAUUCUCUCCACAAAUGCAGUAAAUUUGCAGCAGCCACAACAGUCUACCUUCAAUCCAGAAGCAUGUUUUAAAGAUCCAUCAUUCCUGCAACUUCUUGCUGCUGAAAAUCGCUCAUCAACAUUUUUACCAAAUACAUUUCCUCGGACUGGUGUGACUAGCUUUAGUACCAAUGUCAGUCAAGAAGGAAGUGAGAUUAUUAAACAGGCUUUGGAAACUGCUGGCAUCCCCAGUACAUUUGAGGGUGCCGAAAUGCUUUCUCAUGUUCCAACAGGUUGUGUUUCAGAUGCAGCACAAGUAAAUGCAACAGUGAUGCCAAAUCCAGCUGUGCCACCUCUGUUGCAGACUGUAUGCCACCCAAACCCCCUGCUGACAAACCAGAAUAGGACACCAAACUCCAAAACUCCCUCCAUUGAGGAAUGCAGCAGUUUGCCUGUUUUCCCAACAAAUGACUUACUGCUGAAGACUGUUGAAAAUGGUUUGUGUUCUAGUUCAUUCCCUAAUUCUAGUGGGCCAUCACAAACUUUUACCAGUAAUAGUUCACGUGUUUCAGUUAUAAGUGGUCCUCAGAGCACGAGAUCUAGUCAUUUAAAUAAAAAGGGAAACAGUGCUUCGAAGAGAAGAAAGAAAGUUGUUCCUCCCCUAAUUGCACCUAAUGCUUCCCAAAACUUGGUAACAAGUGACUUAACAGCAAUGGGACUUAUAGCAAAGAGUAUUGAGAUACCAACUAGUAACCUCCAUUCAAAUGUAAUUCCAAAUUGUGAGCCUCAGGGUUUGGUGGAAAACCUAACACAGAAAUUAAAUAAUGUUGACAAUCAGUUAUUUAUUACUGAUGUGAAAGAAAACUUUAAAACCAAUCUUGAGUCCCAUACGGUGUUAGCUCCUUUAACAUUAAAAACUGAAAAUGGUGAUUCCCAAAUGAUGGCUUUGAAUUCAUGCACAACUUCAAUAAAUUCCGAUUUGCAGAUUUCUGAAGAUAAUGUUAUACAAAACUUUGAAAAGACUCUUGAAAUUAUUAAAAGUGCUAUGAAUUCUCAAAUACUUGAGGUAAAAAGUGGAUCUCACGGUGUUGGUGAAACAUCACAGAAUGCUCAAAUAAAUUAUAACAUUCAGCUUCCUUCAGUAAACACUGUGCAAAAUAACAAGUUACCUGAUUCUUCUCAGUUUUCCUCCUUUAUAGGUGUAAUGCCAGCAAAAAAUAACAUUCCUUCAUCUGAAGUAUUACAUAAGGAAGAUCAAAUACAGGAAAUUUUAGAAGGCUUGCAGAAAUUAAAAUUAGAAAAUGACCUGUCCACUCCAGCACCCCAGUGUGUACUAAUAAAUACAUCAGUGACACUGACUCCCACUCCUGUUAAACCAAAUCCAAAUGUCACAGUUGUUCAGCCAGUUUCUGAAAUUAUAAGCAACAUUCAGUUUAGUGACAAAGUUAAUAAACCCUUUGUGUGUCAAAACCAAGGCUGUAAUUACAGUGCAAUGACAAAGGAUGCUUUAUUUAAGCACUAUGGUAAGAUUCAUCAGUACACUCCAGAGAUGAUUCUUGAAAUUAAGAAGAAUCAGUUGAAAUUUGCCCCAUUUAAAUGUGUAGUACCUACCUGUACAAAAACAUUUACAAGGAACUCUAAUCUCCGGGCACACUGCCAGUUGGUCCAUCAUUUUACAACGGAAGAAAUGGUAAAGUUAAAAAUAAAAAGGCCUUAUGGAAGAAAAACUCAGAGUGAAAAUUUGUCAUCCCCACGAAUUACACAAGUAAAAAGACAGCUAACUGUGACAGAGGAAAAUAAAAGGGAAUUCCAACCAACUUUAGACUUGGGAGCAAUAAAGGAAAAUUCCCUCAGUAAUGUAGCAGUGAUCCCAGAAAAACAACUUCCUGAAAAAAAAAGUCCUGAAAAAACAGAAAGCUCCUUGCAAGUGAUCACAGUUACUUCAGAACAAUGUAAUACAAAUUCUCUCACAAACAUACAAACCAAAGGACGGAAAAUUAGAAGACAUAAAAAGGAAAAGGAGGAGAAAAAACGCAAGAAGCCAGUUUCUGAUUCCCUUGAGUUUCCAACAAGAUACAGUCCCUACAGACCUUACCGAUGUGUUCACCAGGGUUGCUUUGCCGCUUUUACUAUACAGCAAAACUUAAUUCUGCAUUACCAGGCUGUACACAAAUCAGAUCUACCUGCAUUUUCUGCAGAGGUUGAAGAAGAAAGUGAAGCUGGUAAAGAAAGUGAAGAAAUUGAAACUAAACAGACUGUGAAAGAAUUUCGGUGUCAGGUGAGUGACUGUUCCCGAAUUUUCCAAGCAAUUACUGGCCUGAUACAACACUACAUGAAACUUCAUGAAAUGACUCCUGAGGAAAUUGAAAGUAUGACUGCUUCUGUGGAUGUUGGGAAAUUUCCAUGUGACCAGUUAGAGUGUAAAUCUUCAUUUACCACAUAUUUGAACUAUGUUGUUCAUCUUGAGGCAGAUCAUGGAAUUGGGAUAAGGGGAAGUAAAACUGAAGAAGAUGGCAUAUACAAGUGUGACUGUGAAGGCUGUGACCGUAUAUAUGCAACUCGGUCAAAUCUCCUCCGACACAUUUUUAAUAAGCAUAAUGACAAGCAUAAAGCUCAUUUGAUUCGGCCAAGAAGAUUAACACCUGGUCAGGAAAAUAUGUCAAGCAAGGCAAACCAAGAAAAGACAAAGUCUAAAUAUCGGGGAACAAAACACAGAUCUGGAAAGGAAGGAAUCAAAAUGCCUAAAACAAAACGAAAGAAAAAAAAUAAUUUAGAAAACAAGACUGCAAAAAUUGUGCAAAUUGAAGAAAAUAAGCCUUAUUCUCUGAAACGUGGAAAGCACGUAUAUUCCAUAAAGGCUAGAAAUGAUGCCUUAUCUGAGUGUACAAGCAGAUUUGUAACCCAGUAUCCAUGUAUGAUAAAGGGGUGUACAUCAGUUGUUACAAGUGAAAGCAAUAUAAUUAGACAUUAUAAAUGCCAUAAAUUAUCAAAGGCAUUUACAUCACAACACCGAAAUCUUCUCAUUGUCUUCAAGCGGUGUUGCAACUCACAAUUAAAGGACACUUCUGAGCAAGAAAGUGAUAAGAGUGAUGUGAAAAAUUCUGAUGCAUGUGUAUCAGAGAGCAAUGAUAACUCUAGAACAGCUACAGUUCCACAGAAGGAAAUUGAAAAAAAAGAAAAAGAUGAAAUGGAUGAGCUAACAGAAUUAUUUAUUACAAAAUUAAUAAAUGAAGACAAUGCAAGUGUGGAGACCCAAGCUCAUACCUCUUCAAAUGUAAGUAAUGAUUUUCAGGAAAAUAACCCAUGCCAGUCAGAAAAACAAAAAACAAGUAAUUUGAAGAGAGUUAAUAAAGAAAAAAAUGUCUCCCUAAAUAAAAAGAGAAAAGUUGAAAAAGCAGAACCAGCAUCAACAGUUGAGUUAAGUAGUACACAUAAAGAAGAAGAAACUGCUGUUGCAAUUCAAACAACAGAGGAGCAUCCUGCAUCUUUUGACUGGAGCUCAUUUAAACCAAUGGGAUUUGAAGUAUCCUUUCUGAAGUUUCUUGAGGAGUCUGCAGUGAAGCAGAAGAAAAAUUCUGAUAAAGACCAUCCAAAUAGUGGGAACAAGAAAGGAUCCCAUUCAAAUUCAAGAAAAAAUAUUGAUAAGACUGCUGUGACUAGUGGAAAUCAUGUGUGUGCUUGUAAAGAAAGUGAAACCUUUGUACAGUUUGCCAAUCCAUCACAGCUUCAGUGCAGUGAUAAUGUAAAAAUUGUUUUAGACAAGACUCUUAAAGAUUGCACUGAACUUGUGUUAAAGCAACUUCAGGAAAUGAAACCUACCGUCAGUCUGAAAAAACUUGAAGUACAUUCAAAUGAUCCAGAUGUGUCUGUUAUGAAAGAAAUUAGUAUGGGUAAAGCCACAGGGAGAGGGCAGUACUGAUAACUAAUGUACUAUAAAUACAUUAUUUACCAUUUUAUUUUAAAUAGGAAGCCAUCAAGCAUGCUAGAAUUGUGAAACUUUUCAUUAAUUUUUGUUGUUGACAUGAAUUAACCUGGCCAAAAAAAAAAAAAUGAAAAAGAAAAAAAAAAAAAAAACACAUGACGUUUGUCAUGUAAAACUUUUUUUUUUAUCCCUAUGGGACUUGAACAGAAUCAAUAUUUCAGUUAUUGUAAAUAAUUGAGCUACACCUCAAAUUUCUAUCAGCCAGUUGCCCCUUCCAUGAACUAAACUGAAUUAUCUGUGUGAUUGAUAUGUUUCACCAAGUCACUGCUCAUGUAGAACAGUACUCUUUGUUUGUAGAUCUUUUUUGUAUAUAUUUAUUAUUGUAAAUCAUUUGCUGCCACCAGCAGUAUGUAAGUCUAAACUAUUAAAUGACACAUUUAUAUUUGGAAUUUUAAUUUUUAACUAAGUGAUCAAGUUUUUAAAACUGUUCUUUUAUUGUUUUAAAUUAAGAAUUUUUUGAACUAAAAGUAGAAACUCUGCCAUAGUUCAUUGAUUUUUACAUAAAACAUUUAUUUACAAGAUGAUCUCAAAAUUACUCUUCACAAAGUAGGCACAUUAUAUCAACACCUUGCUCUGCUUUGUAAAUUUAUCCUCCAGGAUUUUGGGAUGGUAUUCAUGUGAAAUUAUAGAUUCUUUAGCAGUUUCCUAUAGCUACAGGUUUUUUUUUUUUCAGUGCUUCUAAUUGGAUAUAGUUACUAUGAUUCCAUGAAAUAUAAUGGAAAUGUGAAUAAAGAAUUUACUACAUCAAAGAUUUUAAACAUUUGGUAUUAAAAAAAAAAUCCUUUGUGAAUGUGAUAGAAACUAGUAGUGUGGAGCAGUGUAAAUAUUUGAGGUGGUGAUUUGUGAAGUAGCCCAGUAUUGCCUUAAAUAAAAUCACAUUUCAUUUCUUGUUUUAUACAUGUGAUCUUAUAAAGUUUUUUUUUUCCAUUUUCUGAGAUUUAUAGAUUGGUGUAUAGCUUUAAACUGUAUAAACUUUUGUGGAAAAAUUUUUUUAAACAUUUUUAUAAAUCUUAAAAUUGGUAUCAUCAAAGUGAGCCCAUCUUGUGUUUACAAAAUGCAAGAGUCCUUAACAUUUAUAAUUACAUAGAUGAAACACUUUCUAUAAGGAAGUUGGAUGUUUUGAUUUUACUGUUUAUAGAUGUUAGAUUGUACAGAUUUGUAUUUUCCCACCACAUCUAAUGAUACUUUUUUCAUUAGAUUGGUCUUCCAGAGCAGUAUUAGUUGUUAUAAUUGAUUAUUUUGGUUAUUCAGUAUAUAGUUAGCUCUUAUAGUUUAGCUUUAUUCACCAUAUUUAUACUGUGGAUUCACGGCAGAGAUAGAGGUUAUUUCAGGAGAGUUUAUUACCUUCAUUUGAAGUCCAACUAAAGUCAGUACGGGAAACAAAAGAAAACAUCUUUUAAGUUUACUUUUGUUUCUAUUUGCCAUAGAUAGCAUUGAUUUUUGACUUUGUGUUUGUUAUAAACCAGUUGCAUCCACAAUAUUAUUAGCCUGAGAUAUUGACGAUGUUGUAAUAAUAUGAAAAUGUGUAUAUUCCCUUGUGCAACAUCAGAUUUGCAGGAAAAAUGAAGCACUUAACUGAAAUUGCUGGUACUCUGAAUAAAUAAGCAUGGUCAAGGAGUGAAUUAUUUUCUUUUGGAAAAUAUUUUUUUAAGUUUUAUUAAAGUAUUAUAGUUUUAUUUUUAGGACCUAAUGGGUUAUAUUGAAUAGUUGGUUUCACCUCCUUAAGGUUUAUUACCAAUAUGCAUAAAACUUGACACAUUAAAAUCCCUUCCCUUUGGUAAGCCCACUGUUAUUUAUUAAAAUAAAAGUUGUUCUUAUGGGUGAUUAA